AGCUUCAAUAACCGCUCAGAUCUUAAUAACCAUGGAAGAAGCCACACAGAAGAGAGACCCUCUCAGUGCCUUGAGGGCAGGAAUUAUUUAAAUUUGAAGUCAACACUGAUUACACAUGAGACAGUCCACACUGGAGAGAGACCCCAUAAGUGCUUAGAGUGUGGGAAAAGUUUCGUAUGGAGGUCAGCCCUACUUAGUCAUCAUGCAAUCCACACUGGAGAGAGACCCCAUCAAUGCUUAAUCUGUGGGAAAAAUUUCAUACGGAGGUCAACCCUUCUUAUACAUCAAGCAGUCCACACUGGAGAGAGACCCCAUCAGUGCUUAAUCUGUGGGAAAAGUUUCAUGUGGAGGUCAGGCCUUGUUUUUCAUCAGAGAAAACACACGGGAGAGAGACCUCAUAAGUGCUUAGAGUGUGGAAAAAGUUUCAUAGAGAGGUCAGGCCUUGCUAAACAUCAGAUCAUCCACACAGGAGAGAGAUCCCAUAAGUGUUUGGACUGUGGGAAAAGUUUCAUACAGAAAUCAACCCUUCUUCUUCAUCAGAAAAUCCACACAGGAGAGAGACCCCACAAAUGCUUAGACUGUGGGAAAAGUUUUAUACAGAGAUCAGCCCUACUUAGUCACCAGGCAAUCCACACUGGAGAGAGACCCCAUAAGUGCUUAGAGUGUGGAAAAAGUUUCAUAGAGAGGUCAGGCCUUGCUAAACAUCAGAUCAUCCACACAGGAGAGAGAUCCCAUAAGUGUUUGGACUGUGGGAAAAGUUUCCCACAAAGAUCAAAUCUUAUGGAACAUCAGAUAAUCCACACAGGAGAGAGAUCCCAUAAGUGCUUAGGGUGUGGGAAAAGUUUCACACGGAGAUCUGCCCUCAUUAAACAUGGGAGAAUCCACACUGGAGAGAGACCCCACAAGUGCUUAGACUGUGGGAAGAGUUUCACAUGGAGAUAUGCCCUCAUUAAACAUGGGAAAAUCCACACUGGAGAGAGACCCCACAAAUGCUUAGACUGUGGGAAAAGUUUUAUACAGAGAUCAGCCCUUCUUCUUCAUCAGGCAGUCCACACUGGAGAGAGACCCCAUAAGUGCUUAGAGUGUGGAAAAAGUUUCAUACAGAAGUCACACCUUGUUGCACAUCAGGUAAUCCACACUGGAGAGAGACCCCAUCAAUGCUUAAUCUGUGGGAAAAGUUUCAUGUGGAGGUCAGGCCUUGUUUUUCAUCAGAGAAAACACAUGGGAGAGAGACCUCAUAAGUGCUUAGAGUGUGGAAAAAGUUUCAUAGAGAGGUCAGGCCUUGCUAAACAUCAGAUCAUCCACACAGGAGAGAGAUCCCAUAAGUGUUUGGACUGUGGGAAAAGUUUCAUACAGAAAUCAACCCUUCUUCUUCAUCAGAAAAUCCACACAGGAGAGAGACCCCACAAAUGCUUAGACUGUGGGAAAAGUUUUAUACAGAGAUCAGCCCUACUUAGUCACCAGGCAAUCCACACUGGAGAGAGACCCCAUAAGUGCUUAGAGUGUGGAAAAAGUUUCAUACAGAAGUCACACCUUGUUGCACAUCAGGCAGUCCACACUGGAGAGAGACCCCAUCAAUGCUUAAUCUGUGGGACAAGUUUCAUACGGAGGUCAGACCUUGUUGCACAUCAGGCAGUCCACACUGGAGAGAGACCCCAUACGUGUUUAGACUGUGAAAAAAGUUUCGUACGGAGAUCAACCCUACUUGUACAUCAAAAAAUCCAUACCGGAGAAAGACCCCAUAAGUGCUUAGACUGUGGGAAAAGUUUCAUACGGAGGCCUGACUUUGUUAAACAUCAAGCAAUCCAUACAAGAGGGAGACCAUAAGAGUCCAGAAAGAGUAUAAAUGUUAUUGGGACCAUUCCAAGAAAUAGAGACUAGAGCUUUGAAAUGUAACCUGGUGUUGUUAAGAAAUUGAAAGACGAUAGUAGUGCUGUUGAUUAAUUGCAAUUGACUCAAGUAAUUAACUCAAAAAAAAUUCAUUGUGGUUAGAAAUAUGAAUCUUGAUGAGUCACAUUGUUAAAUAAUAAAAGAGCAAUUGGAAUUUUUUUGGA